AUGGGUGGGAAAACUCUUACCCAGUUGACUUAUGUGCUGCAAGCUGUGAUCAUUGCUACAGUAAUUCUCACAGUUUGCAUAUAUGUUCCCAGUUUCAAGCGCAAGAUUCGGCUGAGAAGUCUGCCGGUUCUCAGCAGCCUCAGUGGAGAGAGGCAACGGCGGGCAUAUCUCAAGUCUGCGAGACGGAUGUACCAAUAUGGAUACGCCAAAUUCAAAAACUCUGUUUACAGAAUCACUCAAGAGGAAGGCGUAGAAAAUGUUGUCGUACCUGCGAGUCUGCUCCCCGAGUUACGAAAUCUCCAGGACGAUGUCCUCAGCUUUCCCAUAGCCUUCAAGACUCUCAACGAAACCAAAUAUACGAAACUUAAUCUUGAGUUACCUGCCGGUAUCCACGCGAUUAAAACUAAUCUCACGCAAUCGCUCACUCGGCUGAGCCCAAUUAUAUCCUCAGAGGUCGACGCCGCAAUGCGACAGUAUAUGCCCUCAUGCGAGAAUUGGUCUGAAGUUAACAUCAACAAAAUACUCCUGUAUGUUGUGUCACAAGUCUCUGGUCGUAUCUUUGUAGGACCAGAACUAUGUAGGAACCCAGAGUACAUCGAGCUUGUGACAAACUAUACUGUUUAUCUCGGGGCAACCGUCGCGGCCGUCAAGCAGCUCCGUCCUUGGCUGAAGCCUUUUUUGGCGCACCGCCUCCCAGAGGUGGUUCAGUUGCGGAAGUACCAACAGCGAUUAAGCGAGUUCGUGCUUCCGAUCAUAAACGAGAGGAUGACUGCAAAGGCAAAAGAUCCCAAUUGGCAAGAGCCGGAUGAUAUGUUACAAUGGAUAAUCGCUCGGUCUAGCGGUAAAGAAGGUGACGGGAAAGCAUCAAUCGAAGAUAUUGCUUCUUUCCAAAUAACGCUCAUUUUCGGCGCUAUCCAUACCACAACUUUGACCGCCACCAACAUUCUGUACACACUCGCCGUCACCCCAGAGUACAUUUGUCCCAUCCGCGAGGAGAUGCGCAAUGUCAUUGCUGAAAAUGGCGGAAUCGUUACUUCUCGUGCUCUGCAACAGAUGGGGAAACUCGAUAGCUACAUGAGGGAGGUAAACCGCUUCUACGCCCCAGGAAUCACAGCUUUUAGCCGCCGUGCGCUCAAAGGCAUCACCCUUAGCAACGGGCAAUAUAUACCCCCGGGCGUUACCAUAGAAGUCCCCAGCGCAGCCAUUCACCUCGAUGAUGAAUACUUCCCCUCAGGAGAUGUAUUUGAUGGUUUCCGGUCGUACAAGCUGUGCGCCAGCGGCAAAGAAGCGGUUAUCGCACGCAACCAGUUUGUUACUAGCAACGAGACUAACCUGGCCUUUGGGUAUGGACGCCAUGUCUGUCCUGGCCGUUUUUUCGCUGCAAACGAGAUCAAGAUGAUCCUGGUGAAGCUGAUCCUCGAGUAUGACGUCAAGAUGCCCAAUGGGGAGACAGAACGGUACGCGCAGAUUGACGUAGGGCCAGCAAGUAUACCAGACACAGAAAAAACUCUGGCGUUCAAGAAGGUGGAAAUUUAA